UCCGCCACCACCGCAUCUUCGCACUAAAACUUCUCUCACAAAGAGCUACGGGCCACUCGUCACUUCCACAGUACUACUCAACCUAGAAACACAUCCGUAAUUUCAGGCCAGCUUCCCGUAUUCAUAUCAACCAUGUCUGCCGACGCUGCGCCCAUCUCCUUCACACGGUUCUCAAAAGCGCUCGAAGACCUUUCUGUUGAAUCGCUCUACGCGAAAUACUCGGAACUCACAAAUCAGCUCAUGCAUCUCGAAUCAAGCAAUCAGCAACUUGAGGAGUUUGCGCGCGAACAUGAUGACAGAGACUGCUACGAAGCGCUUCUGGAAAACAAGCAGGUUAUGAAAAGGUUUGAAGAAAGGAAAGAAGCCAUCAAGCACGAGGUACAGGACGUUCGAGGUCUGCCUUGGAGGCCAAAGGAAGACGAUGGAAAAACGAAUGGAAGUGCGCCUACUGCGACGAAUGGCGCGGCGAGGGAAGAAGGCACCAACGGCACCGCAGCGCAAGAUGAGGGUGACGAUGGCGUCUACCUAUGAACAAGUAGAGAUACACACAAGAUGAAAAUCGACAAGUGACUGGAACCCGUGUGUAUUGGACACGCAAAAUUCACUAUCCCCGUUGGUGAUGAGACAGGUACUGCGAUAUAGGAGAGCACACAAUCAUGAGCAUUACUUCUAGCUUGCGGACACCCAUGAAGUUCGGGGA